AUGCCUCUCCCCAGUUUGGACCUUGUUGUUGGUAAAACAUAUCUGUUGAGAAUAGAUCUACUACCAAGUCUCAGGAUGGCAGCUAAAACACAGAAACUCAGCUUGAAGCGUGAAGUGGGACUUAUUGGUGCUAUCUCAUUCAUUGCCGGGACCAUGAUGGGAUCUGGAAUUUUUAUGUCCCCUCAGUCUGUGCUGGUCAACAUAGGAAGCCCAGGAGCCAGCCUGGUGAUCUGGGCAGCCUGUGGUCUGCUGGCCACGUUGGGUUCCCUCUGCUAUGCUGAACUGGGCACUGUCAUUUCUGAAUCUGGGGCAGAGUACAUAUAUAUUCUGCGGAUAUUUGGCCAAGUAGUUGCCUUCAUGUUUGUCUUUAGCUUCGUCAUUGUGAUGAGACCUGCCAGUGCAACAGGGAUAGCACUGAGCUUUGCUGAAUAUGCAGUGGCUCCUUUCUACCAUGACUGUACCCCUCCAGAGCUGUUGGUCAAGUGUGUAGCUGCAGCAGGGAUUUUGGUGUUAGCAAUUGUGAACAGUAUGAAUGUACGUCUGGCUAUGUUCAUCCAGGUAUUUUCCAUGGUGAUCAAGCUGGUGGCCUUGGGAGUGAUAAUUAUUGGAGGUGUGGUGCUGCUUUUCAAGGGGAACACUGACAACUUUGAGGAUUCCUUUAAAGGGACCAAUGUGGAAAUCAGUUCCAUUGGGAUUUCUCUUUAUCAGGGCCUGUGGUCCUAUGAUGGCUGGAACACUUUGAAUUAUGUCACAGAAGAACUAAAACGGCCUGAGGUAAAUCUGCCCAGGGCAGUUAUAAUUGCCAUCCCCAUGGUAACCAUACUGUAUCUACUAGUCAAUGUGAGCUACCUGGCUGCCAUGACGCCAAGAGAACUGAUGUCGUCGAAUGCAGUGGCUGUCACCUGGGGGAAUAAGGUGCUUGGGAGCUGGGGAUGGGUGAUGUCUAUCGCAGCCGCUUUGUCUGCUUUCGGCUCCCUGAAUGGAACAUUCUUUAGUGGCGGCCGGGUGUGCUUUGUGGCUGCAAGAGAGGGACACAUGCCUGAUAUUCUGUCCAUGGCCCAUGUGAAUCGACUGACCCCCUCUCCGGCCCUGAUCUUCACCACGGCUAUCUCACUCUUGGUUCUCAUCCCUGGUGACUUUCAGAGCAUUGUCAACUUCUUCAGUUUCACUGCCUGGUUCUUCUAUGCAAUCACUCUGUCUGGGCUCCUCUACCUCAAGAUCAAGAAACCUGAACUUCCCAGGCCAUAUAGGGUUCCCAUUGUAAUCCCCAUCUUGGUCAUCAUCGCAGCAAUUUUCCUUGUGCUGGCACCUAUAAUUGACAACCCCGCGAUAGAGUACCUCUAUGUCACCUUGUUUAUCUUUAGUGGUGUUUUGUUUUAUGUGCCCUUCAUCCACUUCAAACUGUGCCCUGGACUGUUGGAGAAAGUCACUGUGUUCCUGCAGCUCUUCCUAGAGGUGGCCCCAGCAGACAAAAAUCUAUGAUUUAUUUUACAGAAUAUAUGUCUGAGGAUAAUAUGGUCUGCUGAGUAAAUUGUGAAUGACUUUUCAAUAGUAUAUACAGUGCCUUCAGAAAGUAUUCAUACCCCUUGACUUAUUCCACAUUUUGUUGUGUUACAGCCUGAAUUCAAAAUUGAUAAAAUGUUAUUUCUCACCCAUCUACACACAAUACCCAAUAACGACAAAGUGAAAACAUGUUUUUAGAAAUGUUUGCAAAUAUAUUGAAAAUGGAAUACAGAAAUAUCUAAUUUACAUAAGUGUUCACACCCCUGAGUUAGAAUCACUUUUGGCAACUACAGCUGUGAGUCUUACGGGGUAAGUCUCUAAGAGCUUUGCACACCUGGAUUGUACAAUAUUUGCACAUUAUUAUUUAAAAAAUUCUUCGAGCUUUGUCAAGAUGGUUGUUGAUCAUUGCUAGACAGCCAUUUUCAAGUCUUGCCAUAGAUUUUAAAGCCGAUUUAAGUCUACUGUAAAUUGGCCACUCAGGAAUAUUCAAUGUUGUCUUAGUAAGCAACUCCACUGUAUAUUUGACCUUGUGUAUUAGGUUAUUGUCAGUGGCGACCUAUCAUUCAGGGCAGGUGUGACACGCAUGAAUACGCGUCACAUUUCAGUUUGCAAACAAUGUAAAACAUUGAGUUAAUAAGGCCGCAUACAAACAUGGUCUCUUUUUUGUUUUCUUGAGUAAGGCAGCUCCAAAAUGCAGGUGUUUCAGCCUAGCUCAGUGCUUUCUGUGGUGGUCGGGCAGCCAGCAGAAAAUACGGAGCGUAGGCGUUGGUAAUGUUCUCUAGCUGCGCCGUGAUUGGGUAAUGUUCUCUAGUUGUGCCGUGAUUGGCUCAGUGUUCUGUCACUCAUGAGGACACUACGUCACCUCCAAAUCUAAGGGUAGAGCCUGAAAUUCAAGCCCCAUUGGGUGCUGCCAUAGAGUUACAUUAGAAGUGCCAAUCCAAGAUGGCUCAAGGUCAUUGGCCACAUAUAAAAGUAUGUCAAAUAAUGUUAUAUCUACAGUAGCUUUGAUUGGACUCAACAUCAGACUUUCAAAAUCUUAGCUAACAAGCAAGGAGACAUCAUGAAUCAAGUUGACAAUCUACUUACACAUGCUUUUUAAUCCUUCUCAUUUAAAGAGAAAUUAUUGAUAAAACGUAUCGGUGUUCAUCGGCCAUAAACCUUACACAAGUUGGAAAUCGCAAAAUCAACAAUGAGUGGUUUGGAAGGAAUUAUUGGCUAAAUGCAAGCAUUGCAAAGCAAUCACUAGCCUGUCAUUCAGUGGAGUGUCUGUGUGGUCCCAAGUCUGGGUUUAAGGGUCUCUUUUCCAAGCUUAUUUUUUAUUUUAUUUUAACUAGGAAAGUCAGUUAAGAACAAAUUCUUAUUUACAAUGACGGCCCACACUGGCCAAACCCAGACGAUGCUGGGCCAAUUGUGCGCCACCCUAUGGGACUCCCAAUCACGGCCAGUUGUGAUACACCCUGGAUUCUAACCAGAGUGUCUGUAGUGACGCCUCAAGCACUGAAAUGCAGUGCCUUAGGCUGCUGUGCCACUCGGGAGUCCCAAAAGUUCCGUUACAGUCCGUAGAAACAUGUCAAACGAUGUAUAGAAUCAAUCUUUAGGAUGUUUUUAACAUAAAUCUUCAAUAAUGUUCCAACCGGAGAAUUCCCUUGUCUUCAGAAAAGCAAAUGGAACAGAGCUCACUCUCACGUGAACAAGCGUCACGAGCUCAAAGCAUUCUGCCAGACCUCUGACUCAUUCCCCUCUCAUUUGAUGCUUCUACUUCACAGUAGAAAACCUCAGAUUUCCCACUUCCUGGUUGGAUUUUUUCUCAGGUUUUUGCCUGCCAUAUGAGUUUUGUUAUACUCACAAACAUCAUUCAAACAGUUUUAGAAACUUCAGAGUGUUUUCUAUCCAAAUCUACUAAUAAUAUGCAUAUCCUAUGAUCUGGGCCUGAGUGGCAGGCAGAUUACUCUGGGCACGCUUUUCAUCCGGACGUGAAACUACUGCCCCCUACCCCAAAGAAGUUAAGUCUCCUUCGGUUUCUGUGGAAUUGGGAUUCUCUUGGCUCCAGCAACACAAUCCCCUUGAUUGGUCUGCUGGUGCCAUCAUGGGCUGGAGCCAGUUCUGCCAUGCUUAUUACCUGAAGUCAGCGCAGCCUGCCCCGGGAGGUCUUACUUGCCCUCGACCUCUCCGCCAUUACAUCAUCGCUUCAGGAGGUGUACCGAUGGUUCCCGGGAAGGUGAGAGCGGUGGUGGAUUAGCCCCAGCCUACACCCAGAGUGCAACUCCAAUGUUUUAGUCAACUUUUAUUGCUGCUUUAUCCAGGGUUACAUCCACGUUCAUCUGUACAAAUAAUAGUACGCAAGUAUAAACACCAUGGGACCACGGAGCCGUCAUACCGCUCAGGAAAGAGACGUUCUGUCUCUCUUAGAGAUGAACAUACAUUGGUGCGAAAAGUGCAAAUCAAUCCCAGAACAGCAAAGGAGAUGCUGGAGGAAACAGGUACAAAAGUAUCUAUAACUACAGUAAAACGAGUCUUAUAUCGCCAUAACCCGAAAGGCCGCUCAGCAAGGAAGAAGCCACUGCUCCAAAACCGCAAUAAAAAAACAGACUACGGUUUGAAACUGCACAUGGGGACAAAUAUUGUACUUUCUGGAGAAAUGUCCUCUGGUCUGAUAAAACAAAAAUAUAACUUUUUGGCCAUAAUGACCAUCGUUAUGUUAGGAGGAAAAAGAGGGAGGCUUGCAAGCCGAAGAACACCAUUCCAACCGUGAAGCAUGGGGGUGGCAGCAUCAUGUUGUGAGGGUGCUUUUCUGGAGGAGGGACUGGUGCACUUCACAAAAUAGAUGGCUUCAUGAGGAUGGAAAAUGAUGUGGAUAUAUUGAAGCAACAUCUCAAGACAUCAGUCAGGAAGUUAAAGCUUGGUCACAAAUGGAUCUUCCAAAUGGACAAUGACCCCAAGCAUACUUUCAAAGCUGUGGCAAUGUGGUUUAAGGACAAUAAAGUCAAGGUAUUGGAGUGGCCAUCACAAAACCCUGACCUCAAUCCUAUAGAAAAUGUGUGGGCAGAACUGAAAAAGCGUGUGCGAGCAAGGAAGCCUACAAACCUGACUCAGUUACACCAGCUUUGUUAGGAGGAAUGGGCCAAAAUUCACCCAAUUUAUUGUGGGAAGCUAGUGGAAGGCUACCUGAAACGUUUGACCCAAGUUAAACAAUUUAAAGGCAAUGCUACCAAAUACUAUUGAGUGUAUGUAAACU